AUGGCUCUAGAAGAAGGUGACAUCUCCGAGGGGUUCAAGAACAUGUCACAAGCUGGUGAUGGCGGAGGAAAUGAUUUGACGAAAGGACUAUGGACUCCCAAGGAGGAUGCACUACUGGUGAAAUAUGUAACGGAAAAUGGCGAAAGGAGAUGGAAUGAUGUUUCGAGAAAGUUUGGAUUAAUGAGAUGUGGGAACAGUUGUAGGCUUCGAUGGUUUAACCAUUUAAGGUCGAAUCUCAAGAAAGAAGAUUUUACUCCUGAAGAAGAAAACACGAUCUUAAAGCUUCAUGCAAAAUAUGGCAACAGAUGGUCGCAUCUUGCUCGUCAUCUUCCGGGGCGUACUGACAACGAGAUAAAAAACUACUGGAACAUUAGAUUGAAAAGACAUGUUCGUGCUGGAUUACCUAUUUACCCUCCUGAAAUUCUACGAGAGAUCCAGCAUCGACGCUUUAACACUCAAAAACUAGAACUACCUCCACAAAACCAAAUACAGUUUUCUUCAUUGUCAUCGUUGUCAUUGCCACAAAACCCUGAUUUCAGGUCAUUCCCUUCUUCAUCAUCUUCCUCGUUUGAAGAAAACCCUAAUUUCAAUUGCAUACCCUCUUCACAUCAAACAAAUACAGCCUCUAUUUCAACAAUUCAGGAAAACCCUGAUUCCAGUUCCAUCAACUCCAUGUCUUUGAUCGAAUUAGCAAUGAGUUACCCCCUUCUAAUUGCUACUUUAUACCCCCCUAUAAACAUGUACCAGUUGAACCUUCAUAGUCAUAACAAUGGCGGAGUCGUGUUCUCACCACCACCCUCUCAACAUUUAAAACGUUCGAACUCACCUUAUACACCUGUCUUUGCUGGAAGCCAGCUUGCACCAUCGGACAUAGAUACAGUACAAAUGGAUGAUCCUUUCAUGUCUGAAAACUUUGAAAUAAUAGAGAUCCCUUCAAUCCAAUCAUGCUUUGAAGCAAUCACGCCAACUUUUUCUUCGACCAACGGGAGUGAUCACUUCAUUGUGACGUCAAAUGGUGAAGACAAUUACAACAUGGAUCCAGACUUAUGCUCAGGGAGAAACAGUGGAUUGCUACAAGAUGUUUUGAGACAACCUGCAGCUUUAUUGAGCUCCCAGUUACCCUGUAAACAAUCUGAAAAUGAUAAACCAGCUGAAGGAAGAUUAAUCAUGCAUGAUGAUUCCGUUGCGGAAAUGAACCACCCGAACAUCACCGAUGCGAAUUUAGAAUCCGGGUUUGGAUCAAGUGCUGAUGACAUGAACCUUGUGGAUGACAUAAGCUCUUUGUUUUCGUCAAAUGAUAUUGGAGUCCUAUCAGAAGUUGAUGUGUUUGAAAUCUUAAACGAGAUGAACGAUAUGGUAGACUUCCCUCUAAGUGGACCUCCUCAAGCACUGAAUUUGAGAAGUAAUGGCGCAUCUACUGAACCAGCCAAUGUUUCCGAUGGCAACAUGGAUCCAGCGACGGAAAUACAAGGGGAACUUGUGUGUUGUCCGGUUCCUACCACCCAAACUGAGAUCGGAGAUGGUUGGGCGACAGAUGUGUUCUCUUUUAUUGAAAACAACCCAGCCGAUACAGACCAAGAGUAUGCUCAAGAACUUAUGGGUUCUCAGAUGGCAAUCACCCUAAUUGAGCAAGAACGUGACUGGGCUCUAGGCUAUAUGCCUAGCUUUUCCUAA